AUGGACACAGCAGUAGUUAACUCCGCAAUUAAACUUUCGAAUUGUUAUGCUCGCCAAGAUAACGCGCUCAGCAAUCCAAUUCGAACAUUCCAGUUUAUGAUCGAGUACAAUUUAUACGAAUUGCCUUUAGUUUUAGCUCCGGAUACUACGAGGACUGUUGUUUCAGUCCUCGUAGUAUCCGGAGCUAAAGCUUCGAUGGGAAGGUUGUACGGUCGAUUAAUAAAGAAGAGAAUUGAGGAUCAAUAUAGAGAAAUGGAAGAUCAAAGCGGUUUUCGAGCGGGAAGGUCUUGCAUAGACAAUAUAUUCGUUCUCCAACAAAUUAUAGAAAAACGAACAUCCAGAAAUCUACCUACCCAUAUAGUAUUUAUAGACUUAGAGAAGGCCUACGAUACUGUGCCCUUAAAAACACUCUUUGAGACACUGACGAAGGCAGACCUAAGUAAGAUUUACAUUGAAGCUAUAAUGAAUAUGUAUAGAAAUGCAAAAGGCGCCAUCAAAAUGCGGAAUACUAUCUCAGACCCUUUUCCAGUUACAAAAGGCUUGAGACAAGGAUAUGAUCAAGUAAUUAUAGCAAACGAUGAGGAAGACAUGGACUACAUGAUUCGAAAACUAACAGCAGAAUAUGAGGAAUGGGGACUCACUAUCAACUUAAACAAGACCGAGUACCUAAAAAUAAAAGACGAAGAAAAAGAUGACCAACUGUCGAUCACGAAAAUAAAGAAAUGUGAUGAAUUUAAAUAUCUAGGUAGCGUAAUAACCAAAGAAGGGACAUCACAAAGAGAUAUAAGAAACAAAGUACAACAGGGUCGAAAAAUAACUCAAACACUAAAUUCUCUACUCUGGUCGCCGUAA